UGUCUUAUCUUGCAGCGACUCGAACCCAGUGCUUAUAUCAUCGCCACCCGAAUUGGCCGGAAUGACACUGGAGGCACGUCUGAUAUCCUACGACUGGGAGAAUCAAUUUGGCGAAUUCCAGGAGGCCACACGCAAGGGCAGCUUCAAGCCCAUUUGCUGGGGGGCCAAGAACCAUGUGGUGCCGGGCUCCGAGUUCCUCGAGGGGUACAGCAUUAAUGUGACCAAGACCUACAAGAAGCACCGCCGGUGCAAGCCGAAGCGCCCCCUGGCCCCGCCCACCGAGCGCACCGCUCCGCCGCCCGCCUCCGACCUCAGCGAGCUGCCGGUGCUCCACGAGCUGGACAACAACAACAUCAUCGAGGGCGCGGCGCGGAGCAGUCGGAGCUCGGCGACCGACGUGCACGGCCUGAGCCGCGGCAGCGGGCGCCAGUUCAUCAGCUGCCUGCUCUGGCUGGGGGCCUCCUCCUGGUGGCUCCUGCUGAUGCUCAGGACGUGAGGGAAUUGAAGGGGACCCGGCGGCAGGCGAAGCAGCAGCGGCACCAGCGGCAGCAGCGGCAGCGGGAAGCACAGGCACCACCGUCUCAACACACUAAACUAACCACACAGCUGAGGAACAGAUGGGGAAUCAGUGAAAACAAAAUAGAGUACUGGAACGGCGAACGCAACUCAACUACAGCUCUCGAACUACAAAUGACAUCUCCUAAUCCUACUACAGAUACAAAUAGAAGCAGAAUGAAAAUGCGGAAAAGAGGAAAACAUGAAAUAUUCAUAAUAAGCUAGCGUAUAACAGCUUUUCCCGUCCCCUCCCCCGUACACCUGCUGGUCCCAAGCGCCCAUUUAUUUAAGCUCCUCCCUCCACAGUUUUGUUGAUUUUGUUCUAGAGUUUUAGUAAAUUAUUAAUGAUUUUUUUAAGUAGUCUAAGCUGGAAAAAAUAAAAACAAAUGUCGAAAAAACAGGCAAACAAUGUCGAGAAAAACCGAAAAGCAAUAAUUAGUUGUUGUUGUCGUUAUUAAAUAUACAAAAUGCGAAAUUGUAAAAGAUACAGAUAUUAUAGAUAUACACCAUGACUACAUAUAUAUAGAGCAGUCAUUCCUUCUACCAUAACGGAUAUAAACCAUACACCUAUAUUUAGAUAUCUAUGUAUACAUAUAGGGUCUGACUUAUGUAAAGCUUGAGCGUCUGAUGGGUUUUGUUGGGCAUUGCAAGAAACAAUCGUAGAAGGGAAAGGCAUCAAGUGGCAAGUGGAGGAACGCGCAUCAGGCCCUUUAUCCCUCCCCCAGUUAAGUUUAGUCCGAGCUACUAGGAGGAACUAAGUUCGAGCGGAAGAUCACAAGUACAUCACACAAACAAACGAACAAACACGACACAAGCAUGCAUAAACUUUAUACGUCCAUUUAAGAAGCAAACUGAGAGAGACAGAUUCGAAUGAGAAGGGAUUUAGUUUAACGUAAUUUUAGAAAAGACUUGGAUGAAUUUACUCUGUUUUGCAAAAGACUAGGAACGGAAAUUAAUUGAUGGCAAGAGCGAUAACUGAGAGAUGAAUUGUCAUCACACAAUUUACAAAUAUUUUAGUCUGAUUUAAAGGCAUGUUGCAUCAGGAUAAAGAUGAAUCGAUGCGUUUCCACAACAUUUCUGUGAACGCUGUCGACCUAUUGCUAUCAAUUCACUCCUAAGCAGUUUGCACAAAUGUAUCUUCAGGUUUUGUUUCGGUUAACCUAUUCUGACGACACUACACUCGCGCUUUAUCCUAAGUUUAUCCUAAGUUACCUAAUGCAAAUCUACCUGCUCUCUGAACUACAAAACGAAAUUAAGAAAAGAAGCAUAGAUAUUCUGAACACUCAAAGUGUUGCCUCCUCUCUUUCUUACUCGCUGUCGUUCUACUAAUAUCUCUACGUUUAGCACGGUAGGCUAUAACUUUUCUAGACCUAAGUUGUAAAUAUACUCUAACGGACGGAGAACGGGAAACUACUGCGGAAUUGCGAGCCACGGAAGGAAAGGCGGAGUUGAAGCAUUAUACAGGGUGUGUGAUUAGGUACGGCUCUCGAUCAGCUCUAGCAGCUCUAGGCGUAGGAUUGGAUGUCUCACUAGGUUCUAUAUUACUGCAUACGGAUAGACGGUUAGAGGACACUUAGAAACGUACGACGGCGCCGCCAAGAUCUGCUCGAAGUAGUAAAAAUAUACCAUAUACAUACGACAUACAUAUAAAGUAAAUUUAUAUAUACACAUACGAUAACUAUAUCUAUAAAGUCUAUAUAUACAAUACCAUACAUCUAUAAGUAGUUACGUGGUUCGUAGUUGUAAAUGUGAAUGUGAGUAUUUUAUACAAAACAGAAAAGAAACGAAUAAAAAACAAAUAAAGCGAAGCAUGAAGCGAUAACAAGAAACCCAUUUUUAUACCAAAAGAAAGAGAGCGAUGAUGAUAAGCCCCCUUUGAGCGAUCGAGCGAAAUCGCACGCUAUAUAUACAAAUCACAUAUAUUUUAGGAUAACCGCUGUAACUAAGAUUAGAGCCGAGUUGGCGUAAGCAGAAAGCAAAUGCAAAGUUGAAACAAUCAAAAUAACAUUUAAACAACAAGCGGAAAUACUUUUUUGCGCUAAACUAUUAAAAGUUUGCCUCACACCAACACCAACACCAACACACUCACGCACUCACACUGACAAAACUUUAGCCCUGUUAGCGAAAAAAGUGAAACUUUGGUGCAGCCAGAGGCGCGGCCUUUAUAUAUGGGCCAUCCUGUUUUUGAGGUUUUCCCACUUGCCGGCAACUUUUUAAUGGACCUCCUUUCCCCGAGUCCCAUCCCUUCCAGCUGAGUGCCAGCGCCUCCAGCCGUGCUGGCAGUCCAACUAGGUCUAAUUAGGAGCGAUGAGCAACCGACAACCGACAACCGACAUCGUUCUCAUAGUUUUGGCUUUCGAUUCGCCCGCUUUGUCCUUUGUCAUAGCAACCUGGCCACUCUUCUUGCCUCUUUUACCUUUGUUUGGCACAUUAAUUAAACUUCUUGCCCGGAAAAGCCGGAGCGGGGAAAUGGGCAAAAACAAGGCGCACAAUUACAAAGGCCAGCGGAAGGAAACUAAAACGAAAACAUUCCUUCUUUGGCUCGCCAAUUGGAAAUUAGUUUCGCCAACUGGCGAGCAGACACAGAACACACAGCUCACACAGCUCACACACAGAAACAGAGGAAAUGUAUUCAUAUAAUUUAAUUAAAUGCAAACAACAAAAACGGUUUUGGAAAAUGUACUUGCGAUAGAAACGAUAAAAAGUCGGAAAAUAGUUUCAAAAACUACAUAUACAAAGCGUAAUAAAGGGGAACUAAACGAAAGCUAAACUAAAAUAAUCUAACUAAAGCUAAAACAGAACACACAAACAUGCUGGAAACAUAUAGCCAGAGAUGGAACCCUGAGGUAUGGACAAUGGUGUCUUGGGGAUAUAAGCUGAUAAAGAGCUGCAACAACCUGACCGACAGUCUGCACAGAUUAAGCCAAUGAAUCGGGCUUCUUGGCCAAACUUUUCCUGGCACGAUAGCGGUCCAGAGCAGAAAAUUUGGAAUGCAGAGCAGAGCCUUAAAGUCCGUCUGUUCCCCUGGCUUUGGCCAUUCUCAGGCACUGCUGGCUCAAUGCUUUGUCGGCCAAGUCCACUUGGCUCUGCCUUCUAUCCGUCUAAAGCAUUUAGCAUUUUUUCGCUCUGCUUUGGCCCACUCUGACUCUGGUCCUUUGUUGGCGCAGAAAAAGCUGAGCGCAGGACUCCAUUCAGGAAACUAAUAAGUUUUUAAAAGUGACCCAAUUAGCUCGUUUAACUUGUUUCCCCAUUCUGCAGAUGCCUCAAAGACACCUUUUGUCCAUCCACUCAAAGGCCUCUCGAGAACCAGGCGAAGAACCUCCGUCAAAGUGCUAAAGUAGCAAACACACAACACACACAACAUACACACAACACACCCGCACACUCAGAGAACAAUGUAGCAUGUUGGUAGUAUCAAGAUAGGUGCAUAAGUUCUUAGGCCCUCUAUUGAAAGUUUUUAUUUUGCGAACGAGGAAGGCGAAAAAGUGAAUGAACGUGGACGCAGAGAGAGAGACGAGAUACCAAAACAAAACACAACCUACCUAAAGCGAUAAAACAAAACCUAACUAUUUUUAGUGUGUACCUUGAUUUUUUCAAAGCGAAAGAAACCCUGAGCACGACGAGAUGUGCAGCGGGAGACCCCCAGGAUAACUAAUAUUAAUAGAUAUAUACGAGUAUAUGAGAAAUAACGUAAAAGUAAAAGCAAUAAUGAGCAAACGCAUAGCUAUCAAUAGGAAGACGAGAGGUAGGCUAAAAAAUACUCUAACUCUAGGCAAAAGAUAACAGUAAGACGUAGUGACGAUCGUGAGGAAACGUGUAGCAUACUUUUUGGCAGCCUAUUGGCGGAAACGGAAAUGAUCGAUCGAAGAGAGGUCGGAAUCGGAAACGGGAACGGAAAUGGGAACAGGAACAGGGGCGAGAAGUAGGAAAGUUAAAGAAGGUUAGGGAAGGCUGAAAUCGAAUUGCAUAUGAUUAAAACAUAAAACAAAAACUAUUUUAAAGUAGAGCAGUUUGCAAAAUAUUUAAAUGUGUCGUUAGAAAACCCCCAAAAAUUGUAGUUGCAUUGUCGUUAGCCAUAGUAGCAAAGUUGCAUAUUGAAUACGAGGAAACAGGAGCAAAUCGAAUUGGAGGAAGAAGCAUACAUACCAUACAUCAAUCAAAGAGAACUAACAUAGCCGGCAUCUUAGAAACAUCAUCAGUAUUUGUGUAUAAGUCCUGCAUGAAACGGAAUACAUACAUACAAACAGGCCCACAUAGAUACAUAUACAUAUGCAUACAAACAUAUAAAUAUUGUAACGUACGGAUAAAUAUAGCUAAAGCCAACCACACAGAACCCCAAAGCAGUCCCCAGAAAAAACGUUAAGGUCAAUCCCCAGAAUAAACUUAAAGUAAAGCCCGAUAAAAGGAUAACACCACUUGAUCAUAAGCUAUAGACAACAGAACCGAGCUCUGCGAGAACGGAGGCAACUGUACUUGAGUGAGAGGCAGCAGAAACCACAGUUAAUACCUCCUAAAUGCCAGUAAAUCCCCGAACGGGCUUUCCUUAAGCGCUCUUCAGUCGCCGUCACCUGGCCCAAGCACAUCUUCAGUUCGACCCAACCUCAAACUGAGCUCAACCUAACCUCAAUCUGUUUAAGGAUAAAAUGCAAGCGGUUGCCUCUACUCUCCCAGCCAAAUCAACACUCACGUACAGCCACACUCCGACACAGUUACACUCCAGACAUUUUUGAUACCGAACUAAUUGAUAAUGAGAACAGGAAAACAGGAAGCCGAGUGAGGAGGACAGACAGGCGGACGAACAUCAUUUAUCUAUUGUGAACUACAUUGUUUGAUUGUGAGCUAAGUUCCGACUACUACAACCACUACUCUCUAUGAAUGUUUUUAGGUUAUUCACUAAAAUAAUUUUGUAAUAUACUAAAACCGCAAGCUAAGCAACUUUUACUAUAACAACAAAUGAUGAAAACCGAAAAAAUAAAAA